AUGUGCCUUUCAAAUUGUGGUUCUGCCGAGCACAAUGAACCGUUCGAACGAUUGUUCCAGAAACUUUGCAACCUCCCAAAAUGGGCUGUCAUCGACAGGAUAGGGAGUUCAGUGGCAGUUGCUACCGUGUAUGACUUUGCACGGUAUGCCAAUGGAUGGCUCUCCCAACCGAGAAAUGGGAGGACUGAAGACAUUGAAGACAUUGUGCGCGAAAUGCCAAAGCAAGCGAAAGCCCGAUUCUAUCUAUCUCAACUCGGAAUGAACAAGCCAUGCUGGAAGAACUCGGUACUUUUCAAGGUACAUAUGCCUCCAUGGAAGCGUGGUCGGGGACUUCUAACCGAGUAUGCUAAUCACAUCGUCGGCUUUGCGUGGUUAGACUCCAAGAAAGGUCUGGAUACUGCUAUGAAUAUUUUCGGCGAAGUUGGUGGGCAGGAAGUUCAAGGUGAUGACCAAGGGCUUGUCCUGGGGCAGGCAAUGAGUAUGCGUCAGCGAAAUUUGUAUCCUCGUAUGGCGCUCCUUGCGGAAAAUGUCGGCCAGAGGUUCAAAACCAUGUUUGUAGUCUCAGCGGAUCGACAUCAAUUUGGCAUUCCGAUGAGGACACCCCCGACUAUGGUCAAGGAAAAGGAGGACCAGAAAGAGUUUGCUGGAUCAAACAGAGGCAAACUUUUGGCAAAGUCUCUUUCAGAUCGGACACGUCAGUGUGGUGGGUUAUUUUCCUCCGGUAUCUUUGGAAGGACAGAAGAUGGCCAGACCUAG